UUGAGUCGUAUGAAUGGAGGAGGCCCGUCUUCGCCUCAGUCCUCCUCACACCCGGGCGCUGGAGUCUCGGGGCGAGUAGCGGCGGUCUGCCCCUACAUCCAGGUUCCAGCAGAGGGGAGGCAGGAGGCGGGGUACCCCAUGCCUGCAGACCCCCCAGCCAAACCAACCCCCCUCAGCCACAUUCGCUCCCUCUCAGAGGAGGACAGGAGUGGCAUCAGGAAGCCUCCCAGCCAAUGGAAAGUGUCAGAUUUAGACAUCGUUCUGUCAGAGCCCACUGAGACGCAUGAGGGGCCUGGGUCCCCUCAGGGGGGCUACAGUAUCAACA